UAAGACUUGAGAUUUCGUGCGAAUGCAAUGUCAGUAAUCUGAUCUUGACCUACAUUCUAUGAUCAUUGUUUAAAAUGACCGAUGGAAAGAAUGACCUUCGUUCAUCAAGUAGAAAAUCUUCCAGACUCGCCUCCAAACAGGCCUUUGAAAUGCCAACCCGAGAAGUGGUUCUUGGAAAGAUUGAAGUAAACAAGACACCCCAUAAGAGCUUCCAGCAUCUCAGACAUCGAAAAUUGGUUUUUAAUUUGGUGAAGGGACACAAUAGAUACAACAACACUGAUCCCAUAUCUCUCUGGGAAGACGAUGCUUUAUCAGAUUUUAUUGUGGACGAAAAUGAAGAAGAUAGCGAGGAACAUAGUUCCAGCAGAGAUGGAAGCAGUAGGAAAGACAGCAGUGAUGAUGACAACAAGGACUUCAAAUCUUCGAAAUCUAAAAGAACAAGUAGACAGAAAACAAGACAGAGUGGAAAAAUUAAAUCGAAUGGAACAAGAAAUGAUUCUACAGGUUCAAAGAUGACCAAAUUACAACGUCAAAUGGAUGGGAGUAGACACCAUAAGAACCAAAGGAAAGACGAUCGAAAUCAUCAUAGGCAAGAGAGUGAUGAUGAAGAAACAUCAAUUCAGAGGAGCCAAUUAAAGAGAAGACGGAGAGUAACUAUCAGUAGUGAUGAUGAUGAUGAUGAUGACCAUGAUGGUCAUGGUGGAAGUACUGAUGAUGAUGAUGAUGAUGAUGAUGACAAUGAUGGUCAUGGUGGAAGUACUGAUGAUGAUGAUGAUGAUGAAGACAAUGAUGGUCAUGGUGGAAGUACUGAUGAUGAUGAUGAUGAUGACAAUGAUGGUCAUGGUGGAAGUGAUGGUGAUGGUGGUGAUGAUGGUGAUGAUGAUGAUGAUGAUGGUGAUGAUGAUGAUGAUGAUGAUGAUGAAGAUAUUGGCCAAAACUCAAGUAGCACAUGUACACAGAGAAAAAAAAUAAGGGAAAAGGAAAGAAGUGAUGAUGCUGUUGCUUAUGGAGUGGUCCAUAAAUCAAAACGCAAACAUGUUCUUAAGAAGAAAGUGAGGUCACAGAUUGAAAGCAGUAGUGAAGAAAGCAGUGAUGAUAAAGAUGAAAAUGAUAGUGCUGUUGAUGAUGAGGAUGGAGAGGACAAUGAAAUUAUCAAGAAAUCAAGAAACACACUUGAGAAGAGAAUGUCAAAGAUAACAAGUAGGAAACAUGAAUACAGUGAUAGUGAUGAUAGUGAUUUCAACAACAUAAUCCAGAAAGCUAGGAACACACCUGGAAAGAGAAGAGUGAUAAAGAUUGAAAGUAGUAGUGAAAAUGAUGAAAGUGAUAACCAAAUUACCAAGAAAUCAAAGGGUAAACCCCAAAAGAGAAGUACAAGAACUAAUUCUAAAAGUGACGUUAAAAAGGACAAAAAUGCUAAUGCAGAGGAGGAGGAUGCUGAUGAAAUCUGUAAAUCUAGAACCACUCCUAGGAAGAGAAGAGUGAUAAAGAGUGAAAGUAGUAGUGAAGAUGACAGUAGUGAUAACAUUACCAAGAAAGUGAAAAACACCCCCAAAAAGAAAUUGAGAACAAAGGGCCAGAGAACCAAUGAAAAUAAAGAACUUGUUCACAAAUCGGAAUGUACCAUUAUGAAGAGAAGCUUGAGAUCACCCCGCAGAAUUAAGUGUAGUGACAAUGAAAGUGGCAAUGGCAUUAUCCAAAGGGCCCGAUGUACCCCUGAAAAUGAAAACAGAAACAGAUCAAAGAUUGAAAGCAGUAGUGACGAUGAGAUUAAUAAGAAACCCAUUAAGAGAACAAGAUCCCAGAUCAGAAGUGCUGAAGUAGAAAAAGCUGAAGAUGACGAUGAUGAUGGUGAUGAAAUUAUUAAAUCAAGAACCACACCUAGGAAGAAAGGAACAAAAAUUGAAAGCAGCAGUGAUGAACUUACCAAAGAACCGAUAAAUACCCCUCACAAAAGGACAAGAUCACAAAUCAGAAGCAUUGGAAAAGUGGAAAAAGAUCAUGAUAACAAAGAUGUUGAUUGUUGUGCUAAUGACGUAAUUAUCUCUAACUCCAUAACCACACAAAGGAAAAGAAGAGUAAUUAAAAUUGAAAGUAGUAGCGAAGAUGACGAAAAAGUCAGAAGUACCCCUAAGAAGAGAAUGAGGACAAAGCCCAAGAGUGAAGAUAAAAAUAGCAAAGUUGAUGAACUUAAACAGAGAUCCAAAAAUACUGUAUUAAAGAGAAGCUCUGGAUCACCAUGCAGAAUUAAUGAAGAUGAAGGUGAUGAAGCAAUUAUCCAAAGAGCUCCCGAAAAAAGAAAUGGACCAUUGAUCGAUAUCAGUAAUGACAAUGAAAUUAUCAACAAAUCCAUAGAUAUUUCUAAGAGAACAAGAUCACAGAACAGAAGUGCGAAAGAAGAAAAAGCGCAUAUUGACAGAGAUGAUGAUGAUGAUGACGAAGACGGCGAUGAAAUUAUCCAUAAGUCCAGAACCACCCCUUGUAGGAAAGGAACAAAGAUUGAAAGCAGUAGUGAAGGCAGCAGUGAAGAUGAACUUGCCAUAAAUAAGCCUCAGAAAAGGACAAGAUCACUAGGCAGAAGCUAUGCAAACAAUGACAAAGAUCAAGAUGACAAAGAUGUUGAUGAUGAUGAUGAUGAUGAUGAUGACGACGACUAUGAAAUUAUCCGUAAGUCCAGAACUACUCCUAGUAGGAGAGGAACAAAGAUUGAAAGCAGUAGUGAAGGCAGCAGUGAAGAUGAACUUGCCAUAAAUAAGCCUCAGAAAAGGACAAGAUCACUAGGCAGAAGCUAUGCAAACAAUAACAAAGAUCAAGAUGACAAAGAUGAUGAUGAUGAUGUUGAAGGAGUAGAUGAAAAGUCCAAAAGUAACUUAAGAACUAGACAGGUGAGAGUAAAGCUCAUGAAUAUUUAUAAAGAAAGAAAAGGGGAUGAUGCUAAAGAUGAUGGCAGUGGUGGUGAUGAUGAUGAUGAUGAUGGUGACGACUAUGAAAUUAUCCGUAAGUCCAGAACUACUAGUAGGAGAGGAACAAAGAUUGAAAGCAGUAGUGAAGGCAGCAGUGAAGAUGAACUUGCCAUAAAUACGCCUCAGAAAAGGACAAGAUCAACAGUCAGAAGCUAUGCAAACGAGGACAAUGAUCAAGAUGACAAGGAUGUUGAUGAUGAUGUUGAUGGAAUAGAUGAGAAGUCCAAAAGUAACAGAAGAACUAGACAGGUGAGAGUGAAGCUCAUGAUGAAUAUGUGUAAAGAAAGAAAAGGGGAUGAUGCUAAAGAUGAUGGCAGUGGUGGUGAUAGAAACAUGAAGCAAUCCAAAGGCAUCCCUGGUCAGCAGAGAAUGAGAUCACAGCUUAAAACAAAUGCUGUUGAUGAAACAGAGUUUGUUGUUGAUGAUGAUGAUGAUGAUGACUAUGAAAUUAUCCGUAAGUCCAGAACUACUAGUAGGAGAGGAACAAAGAUUGAAAGCAGUAGUGAAGGCAGCAGUGAAGAUGAACUUGCCAUAAAUACGCCUCAGAAAAGGACAAGAUCAAUAGUCAGAAGCUAUGCAAACGAGGACAAUGAUCAAGAUGACAAAGAUGUUGAUGAUGAUGUUGAUGGAAUAGAUGAGAAGUCCAAAAGUAACAGAAGAACUAGACAGGUGAGAGUGAAGCUCAUGAAUAUGUGUAAAGAAAGAAAAGGGGAUGAUGCUAAAGAUGAUGGCAGUGGUGGUGAUAGAAACAUGAAGCAAUCCAAAGGCAUCCCUGGUCAGCAGAGAAUGAGAUCACAGCUUAAAACAAAUGCUGUUGAUGAAACAGAGUUUGUUGAUGAUGAUGAUGAUGAUGACUAUGAAAUUAUCCGUAAGUCCAGAACUACUAGUAGGAGAGGAACAAAGAUUGAAAGCAGUGGUGAAGGCAGCAGUGAAGAUGAACUUGCCAUAAAUACGCCUCAGAAAAGGACAAGAUCAACAGUCAGAAGCUAUGCAAACGAGGACAAUGAUCAAAAUGACAAAGAUGUUGAUGAUGAUGUUGAUGGAAUAGAUGAGAAGUCCAAAAGUAACAGAAGAACUAGACAGGUGAGAGUAAAGCUCAUGAAUAUUGGUAAAGAAAGAAAAUGCGAUGAUGCUAAAGAUGAUGUCAGUGGUGGUGAUAGAAACAUAAAGCAAUCCAAAGGAAUCCCUGGUCAGCAGAGAAUGAGAUCACAGCUUAAAACAAAUGCUGUCGAUGAAACAAAGUAUGUUGAUGAUGAUGGUGAUGAUGAUGAUGAUAGUGACAAUGAUAUUAUCCAGAAAAAGAGAAACAGUCUUAGAAAAAGGACACUGAAGAUUGAAAGUAGUAGUGAAGACAAUGACGGUUAUACACUAAACUCCCCUGGUAAAAGGUUGCAAUUAAUGCUCAAAAGGAAUGCUAAAGAAGACAAGAGUAUCGGUAGAAGGGGGAAAGGUGGUAGUCAAGUAAUCCAGAAACCUAUAGGUACUCCAGAAAAGAGAAGAACCCGAUCACAGGUAGAAACAGGCUAGCUGUUGUUUCAAAGACAUUCCAUACAUGAUCUGGAAUAUAAAGCAUUUUUAAAUAUUUCUAGAUGAAGAGAGUGUGAACAAGAAUAAUAUUUUUUUUGUAAAGUAAGUUGACAGAUCACUUGCCAGCUGCUUAAAAAGUAUUUUUUGUUUUCUUGAUUUCUUUUUUUUUAUAUUAAUUUGUUUCUUUCUCUCCACUUUCCAUUUUUGCCCUCUGUUCAUAUUCCCAAGUAUCGCUUUGCUCCAUGAAGAAUAUACCAUCUUAGAAGCUAUUCAUUUUCAGCUUGCAGCAAUUUGAAUAUAUUUUUUUCAUACUUAUACCAAUUCAGUUUAGAUGAAUGUAAUAUUUGUAAUAAUCAAUAUCUUACUACACAUUGUCUUCUUAUUAGGGAAACAAGACAAAUUAUAAUGAAUGUAUAUUAAGACUGUUGUGCAUAUGGUAUCACUGUAUAUAAUAUACUAAUAUGCUUAAUUUUGUCAUAUUUCAAAAUUCAUGUAAUAGCCUAGUCUGUGGUGCAAACCUUUCAAUCAAGUUAAGGGUCUAAUUGUGAAGCCUACUCAUGCCUUGUGUACUGAAGGCCCUCUGAAACAGCAAGUUUUGAAUGUGCUAGUAUUUGCAAGGAUACACUUGUUGAUCAGUUUCAAUCAGGGUCUGUGCCUGCAUAAUAACCCUGAGCUGAAUGUGUUUGGGUGCAGGCUUUCAGUGUACAAUUUGCACUUGGAGGGGGCUUGGGGGGGCAUAAAUAGUUAAAGGACAAGUCCACCCCAACAAAAAGUUUAUUUGAAUAAAAAGAUAAAAAUCCA